AUGUACACGACGGAGCGGAGGCGAAUGAGUCUCCGGCGGGAGUCCGCCUGGCUGCAGUCGUCGGCGGGAAGUUUGUGGCAGGACCCGCUGGCCAUGGAGCUGAGCGCCCGGAGCAGUGGCGCCAAGAACGGCGUUCUCUCGCCCCGCAGCCGCGGCCGCCCGGUGACGGUGGCCUACAUCGCCAACGACGGCGAGGACGAGGCGGCUACACCGGCCGAGCGUCGCCCUUACUCCCUGGCGUGUCUGAAGGAGGCGUGUGUCGACUCGCGAGCCUCGUUUAAAAGCAUCCCGUUUGAGAGGAUCUCCAUGGCGACCACAGACGUUCUGGAUAGCUUCUAUAACGCAGACGUGGCUGUUGUGGAGAUGAGCGACUCUUUCUGCCAGGCAUCCCUCUUCUAUCACCUUGGGGUGAGGGAAAGUUUCAGCAUGACCAAUAACAUCAUCCUGUACUGUUAUAAAGAGGAUACAGACCUGCAGGCUGUGAAGGAGCAGUGUGGAAGCUACACAUUCCUCCCGUAUGUGGUGACACCUCAGGGCAAGGUGUUCGCUUGCGACGGCGCCGUGAUGACAGGCAUCAAAGAGCUGAUGCAGCCCGCUUUCCAGCUGGACUCUUUACUCACGCCACUGACGGAAAGACUCACGCUCUUGCUCAACAACGUAGACGUGCAGUCUAGUGAGUACUUCCGAGAGUCUGUCAGGCAGGAUAUUCGCAUGGCGCGGGAGCGGUUUAAUGGACAAGACCUGAGCGAGGAGUUGAGUCGGAUCCAGAAACGUCUGGACAGCGUGGAGCUCCUCACACCUGACAUUGUCAUGAACCUGCUGCUGUCCUACAGGGACAUUCAGGAUUAUGAUGCUAUGAUCAAACUGGUGGAGAUGCUGAACAACCUACCCAUGUGUCUUGUUGCAAGACACCAAAAUAUAAAGUUUCACUACAUAUUUGCUCUCAACAGGAGAAAUCAACCAGGUGAUCGUGCCAAGGCUUUGGAGGAGAUCCUACCAAUUGUGGAAUCUGGAGACAAAGUGGUAUCAGAUGUCUUCUGCCUGUGUGGUCGCAUCUACAAAGACAUGUUCAUAAGCUCUGGUUUUAUUGACCAACACAGUCGAGAUCAAGCCUCUUAUUGGUAUGGAAAAGCCUUUGAGACUGAACACACUCUUCACUCGGGCAUCAACAACGUGGUUCUCCUAAUGGCAGCCGGCCAUGAGUUUGAUACGUCAAUUGAGCUACGCAAAAAAGGCGUGACCUUGAGCACUCUGUUGGGUCGAAAGGGCAGCCUGGAGAAAAUGAAGGAUUACUGGGACGUGGGCUUCUACCUGGGCGCCAACAUUUUGGCUAAUGCGCACAGGAAAGUCAUUGAGGCUUCUGAAAAACUCUACAAGCUCAAAGCUCCGCUUUGGUUUGUUGCAUCUGUGAUGGAGACGUAUAUUCUGUACAAACAGUUUGCCAAGCCUCCUGAGGUGCGGUCUCCUAAACAGGAUACAGUGGACUUCUGGAUGGAGCUACUGUUACAGUACUGCAAACCUAGCGUCUGCAUGGACCACUGUCCGGUGCUCAUUCUGGAACCAAGUAAAGUCCUUCAGCCUGCUAUCGUGUCUGUAAGCGAGGGGGAUGGGAGUCGCACUGUCCAGUUGAAACACGUCAUGCCCUUCAAGAAAGGCUUACAUCAGUGGACUUUCCCGGCCGCCGCAAUACGGGGAGUGAGUGCUUCAAAAAUUGAUGAGCGGAGUUGCUUCCUGUACGUGCACUACAACUCAGACGACUUCCAGCUGUGCUUUCCCUCGGAGCUGCACUGCAAAGGUUUCUGCGAUCUGGUAAAUUCUCUGCUUCAUAAGACAGAAGACGCCACCCAGGAUGUGAAUCAUCUCAGUGAGGGAAUACUCGAGUACGUAUAUGAGACCAACGAAAAUGGCGACAAAGUGGUCCUCGGGAAAGGCACGUACGGGGUGGUGUAUGCUGGCAGAGAUGUAAGUAACCAAGUGCGCAUCGCCAUCAAGGAGAUCCCAGAGAAGGACAGCACUUAUUCCCAGCCCCUCCAUGAGGAAAUAUGCCUACACAAGCGACUGAAGCACAGAAACAUCGUCCAGUAUCUGGGCUCUCUUAGUCAAGAUGGUUUCAUUAAGAUCUUCAUGGAAGAAGUACCAGGAGGAAGCUUGUCAUCUCUACUGCGCUCCAAGUGGGGUCCUCUAAAAGACAACGAGCCCACCAUCAUCUUCUACACCAAGCAGAUCCUUGAGGGUCUACGAUACCUUCAUGACAAUCAGAUUGUUCACAGAGACAUUAAGGGUGACAACGUCCUGAUAAACACCUACAGUGGCGUUUUAAAGAUCUCAGAUUUCGGAACCUCCAAGAGGCUAGCGGGUAUCAAUCCCUGCACUGAGACUUUUGCUGGAACUCUUCAGUAUAUGGCACCAGAGAUUAUAGACCAGGGCCCUCGGGGCUAUGGGAAGCCAGCUGACAUAUGGUCCCUUGGGUGCACCAUCAUCGAAAUGGCAACAGGCAAAACACCCUUUCAUGAGCUGGGCAGUCCUCAGGCAGCCAUGUUUAAGGUUGGAAUGUUCAAGAUCCACCCCAAAGUUCCAGAGAGCAUGUCAGUAGAGGCCAAGAGCUUCAUCAUGAACUGUUUUGAGCCCAACCCAGAUGAUCGUGCCACGGCCGCCGACCUGCUCCGGGACGCCUUUCUUUCAUUGUCCUCCAGAAAAAAGCCCAGGGCACCAGAUUGUGACUCUGAAGACGCCUCUGCUGGUGACUACCAACGCAGCCUUUCUGUGCCAGUCUCCAUCCUGGUGGAGGACACGGACUCCUAUUCGGAUUCAAUCGACCUGUCCUGCUCGCUGGACUUCAGGAGGACACAAUCCGUGUUUAGAGCUAACCACAUUUCCGAAAGCCCGCCCGGCAACGGACGAUUCCUCCCAGUACCUGAGGACUCAGCUCUGGACAUGAGCAGCCCGGCGUCCACAGAUGAGAACAUGGGCAUGUUCCUGCUGAGGAAGGACAGUGAGAGGAGGGCCACAUUGCACCGAGUGCUCACUGACUAUAUCGCCAAGGUGGUGGAUAACAUACAGGAAGCUUUGCCGCAGUUUGAGAGGUCGUCACUGACAUCAGACCACAUCACUGAGCUGGUUUGCUGCCUGCGGGCCAACAUCUGCUCACCAGAUCGCAAGCGUCUGACCAGCAGCCUUCGGGACCUUCGAGCGUCAUUGAUCUCUUCCGCCGUACCUCUGAACGGCCUGCAGGCGGUGCUGUUUGGCUUUCAGGAUGCUGUGAAGAAAGUCCUGCGGCAACAGCAGGUGAAGCCUCACUGGAUGUUCGCACUUGAUAAUCUGCUAAGACAAGCCGUGCAGGAUGCCAUCACUGUGCUUCUUCCUGAACUGAAGCUCCAGCUGCAGUCGUCAUUUGAGACAGAAGACAGCACUCCCGAGGAGCCCUCGGCAGACGCAAACGGCUUCCAUAAGGAGGCGGAGACACCGCAAAGUCGACAACCUGAGCCGCUCGCCCAGAUUUUGGUGCCACCCAGCCCUACGGAUGCCGUUCUAGACAGCAACUGCCCACUCAGUAAUGAACUGAGGGACCUCCGAUUAGAAACCAGAAGGCUGUUGAGAUUACUGAGUGACAAGGAGAGAGAGUACCAGGACCUACUGAGGACUACAGUCCAGAGGAAACAGGAUGACAUAGAUGCUCUCAGGGGUGACAUUCCAGAUGGUGGGUCGACUCCGCAGAAAAGCCAUGACCCUGACGUGAAGGACAUGGUAGCUUGGCUGGAGACCAUCCCAGUUGACCAGCACACUGUUGACAAGUUGCUUGCACACGAGUUCACUUUGGACUGUCUUCUGCACAUGGCCUGCAGGGACGACUUGAUGUACUGUGGAAUAAAAGGAGGCAUGCUGUGUCGCAUGUGGGCGGCCAUUACCGCCUAUAGGAAGUCUCCUUUGCAUACUGUAACCAAGGAUUCCGAAUGCACCCUACCUAGAGUAUACGUCAAGCUAUAA